AUGUCCUACAUGCAAGUUCCCUGGCGACGACUGUACCUUGUUGAUGGGGAAAUGUGGCCACUCUUUUCAUAUGCACUGUCUCUUGACAUGGAUCCAACAAGAAUCAUCAAAAGGACUUUGUCCAAUGUGUCGCCAAAAAUUCGAAUGGAAACAAGGCGACAAACAGGAACCGCCCGCCACCUGAAGUUUAAACUCAAGACUUACCGUCAAGGCCGGGCGCUUUAUGAUAAUGACACAUCAACAGCAGCAGUCCCAGAAGCUGUGAAUGAGAACAUGAGCUCGCGCUCGGAUCCGCCUGUCCGGACUAGGACUCGGCACAAAAGGCUAGACACGAACCAGGCCUAUCAAAUACCGAGUCAUCCUGGUGCUUGGGCUGCAGAGGAUUUCGGCUUCUAUCAAUCGAUGCUGGCACGUCAUUUGCUCCGCUUCGAGCUCAACUGUGUCGCUCACGCCAACGAUCUAAGUGACCAAGCUACUCAAACAUGA